AUGGACGCAAAAGUCGCCUCUCUACCUCCCGUCCAGCCCGCCGCUGCCACGCCAUCAUCCGACAACGCCGCUCGCCCCAAGCCCUGUUGUGUUUGCAAAGAGGAAAAGUCGAAGCGCGACGAGUGUAUGCUUUUCUCCAACGCCAAAGACCCUGCUGCCGACUGCCAAUCCUUCGUCGACAAGUACAAGGCUUGUAUGGCCGGCUUUGGCUACAAGGUCUAG